AUGGUCUCAUCAAAGGACGUCGACCUCUUCCGCGAAGACGUUCGUCUUCGUGGGAACCGGUUCUCUGCCGCGGAGCGCGAGAAGCUCCUCAAGCCCUACCUCCCCGAACCACAGCUGGCUUCACGAAACCACAACAGCAAAGACCAGAGGAAGAAGACCAAGACGAAACCAAAGCAGAAGAAGCCACUUCGCACAUUCAUCAAAUCCCAGAUCCACCGCCUCAUUUACCUCAUCAUCCAUUUAUGUCUGGGCUUCUACAUCCGCAUCUCCCAGACCAUUGUUGCCGUGACAGAUCGGAUAUUGGCUAUUACAUACUACCAUCACCGCUCCCCGGAAAUCAUUGCAAAGGAUGUCAAGUCCCUAGAUCGUCUGCCGGAGCACCUGAGUGUUUUGCUGAAGCUGCGCAAGACCGAGGAAGACGCCUUGCAUACCUUGAUGGAUGAGGCUGCGGAGCUCGCGGCAUGGACAACGUGCGCCGGUAUUCCAGUUUUGAGUAUAUAUGAAAAGACGGGAAUCCUCAAAUCGUAUAUUUCCACCCUCCACAAAGUCAUCUCCGACAAGCUCUCUCUCUACUACGGCUCUCCAUCGCACCAACCCCAUCUCCGAAUCUUUGCUCCUCACCACAGCGCCUAUUGCCCAUCUACUUUUAGCCAAAACCAAACCGGCACAACAGCAUCAACACCAAAACAGACAUCCCUAACAGUCCUCCUCCUCUCUCACUCCGACGGGCGCGAAACCCUCGUCGACCUGACCAAAACCCUAACGGAGAUGGCCCAAAACGGCAAACUGUCACCCAACGACAUUAGCACAAAGCUCAUCGACGCCGAAAUUAGCGAUAUCACUUCCCAUCCUUCUUCUUCUCCGUCAUCAUCUUCCUCCUCCCCACCGACCACCAACGAACACCUACGCAAGGAGGGAGUAGAUCAAAUGCUCCCGUCCUCCCUCUUCCACCCCGUCAAACCCGAACCAGACCUCCUCAUAAUCUUCGGUCCGUACGUCAAACUCGACGGAUAUCCGCCCUGGCAAGUGCGGCUAACCGAGAUAUUUUGCACGGGGGACAAGACGAGUAGUAUUGCAGCUGGGAAUGAUGAAGAGGCGGUCGAAUAUCAGGGAUUCUUACGGGGUUUGUGGCGGUAUGCUCGAGCGAGUUUUAGAUUUGGACGGUAG